CAUGCCGUUUCUCGUUGGGACCAGCCACCGGAAACGCGUCCUGGGAAGGUCCUUCCGGUAUCCGGAAUGUCCUGUCCCAUUCGAUUCUCCCGUAGGAGGCGAAAAUCGGGAACGCUCGAUGAAUCGAGGACGAGAUCAGCUGAUUAGAUGGAAAGGGGAAGAAAAUUCGGAGGACUCCGAAUCGAGGUAUUUCUUCCACAGAACGAAGUGUAACAGAUCCACGAAGGAAAGAAAGAAAAUCGGAAAAGUGCAUGCGGUCAAGAUGCUAGGAGCCGAUCUGCGGAAAACGGGGGUGGAAAAUCUAAGGAGUUCAUCGAACCACGGAGAGAGUACUGGACCCGAAAGAGGAGGAAAAUCAAGGAUUCUCUCUCAGCCUCGAUAUCUCCUAUCACAAUUUAUAUUUAUUGUAUAACAUAUAUUAUUCAUCACUUCCCAUACUUUAUUCAUAUCUCCCGUACAUCGAAUUACAGGGGGUGUUCCAACAAGGGGUGGAAAAUCGAAGCAACCCUCUCAUACCUUGAAUUUUUAUUUACCCUUAAAAAUUAAUUAUUCACGAUUUCGAAUAUUUUAUUCCUUAUCAACCAUCCCUUAUUUUCAUCCCCCCGUUUUUAUCCCUCAUUUCCCAUGCAUACAUUAUAUUAAAAUCCAAGCAACCCUCUCAUACCUUGAAUUUUUAUUUACCCUUAAAAAUUAAUUAUUCACGAUUUCGAAUAUUUCAUUCCUUAUCAACCAUCCCUUAU